GCAUGUUUUCAUCCCAGUCAGAGACCUGACAGUUUAGCUGGAGACACAGAGAGAACUGUCUGAAAGACAACUAAAAGAGAGGAUCCGAGGAAGGUUGUCAGAGAAAAGAUCGCAUUCAGAGUGAGAGGAGACGGACACCAAAAAAAUCAGAACCGGUUCCAUCUAGACCGGAUAGGCAGACUUUAGGAUGAAGAUCCGAGUGAUGCAGAUUUGGGGCUUCCUGAUGGCGGUGCUGGGCUGGAUCUUCGUGGCAUGCUCCAUGGCGAUGGAGGGCUGGAAGAUCGCUUCCAUCGGAGGCAUGGGCGGCUCUUCCGUCAUAAAGGUGGCCUGGUACUGGUCCAGUCUGUGGAGGUCCUGUUUCACAGAUUCGACCUCCGUCAGCAACUGCUACGACUUCCCUGUGCUCUGGUCGGUGGAGGACCAUGUCCAGAUCGUGCGUGGGCUGCUGAUGGCGGCUCUGGUAGUCGGAAUGCUGGGCUUCGUGGUGAGCAUCAUCGGAAUGGAGUGCACCUUCAUCGGGGGCAAAGACAAGUCCAAGCACAAGAAGAUCUUCUUCGGAGGAUUCUGUCACAUCACCAGUGGUAAUCUCUCUCUCUCUCUCUCUCGGUGUGUCAACUGGCCAGUGGGAAGCUGUUGCUUCUUCAUGGGAGAUGGGGUGUUGCUGACUCCAUUGUGCUUCAUUGUAGGAACUCUGUCCACGUUUGGAUAUGCUGUCUACGCAAUAUACGUCUCUGGGGAAUAUUAUAACCCGGGUCUGGAUGGAUUACAGUAUGAUCUGGGGACUCCUCUGUUUCUUGGCUGGGUGGGGUCAGCAUUUCAGUCCACUGGGGGGACGUUCUACCUGGUCUCGGUGUGCAAGGUGCUCUGUGACGAUGAGCCGGUCAGGGUCCCUGUUCCGCUUCCAGAGGACGCAAAGUCACUGUCCUCUGUGUCCGCGAUCACCUCCAAGACCAAGGUUUCCACCGUGUCCGAGUUGUCUUCAAAGUCCGCCCUCUCCGAUGUUUCGGCCAUCUCCUCGGCGUCCGCCCGGCCGUCUCCUGGGCGGUCGUCCAGGUCGGGGCGGUCCGAAAGGUCGAGAAGCAGCAGCAGAUCAGUGUCUUCUUUGUCUAACGCGUCGAGGAGGAGCGAGAAAGGACAAUUCAUAAAGAACUCCUAUAUCUGACCUGUCGGGGUCAAAUGUCAUUUCCUCUCGUCAGCGAUGGGCCUCAGGCUCAGUGGGUGAACACAAUAGCACCAGUGACCAUCCUAGGGAGACAGAUGCCCGUGUGCACAAUUGAGUUAUGUAUAGAUAUUGUAUUUAUGAAGAUAGGUGGUUGAAUAGUGGAUGCCCUUCAGUGCAGAGAAUGGUCUGUCUGUUUACUGAUACUAAGGUCAUAUCCUUAAUCAGGAAUUCCUGUUAAAAUGAUUCUGUUUUAUUGGAGGUUGAGAUUGGAAGUUUUAUCUGAUUCAAAUUCUGAAGAAAUACAUUUGACUGACAAUGUUCAAUGUAACUUUCUGUAAUCCUCAGUAUCUGCAUUUGUACUAAAAUAAUAAAAUAAAAAAUACCUUUG